AUGACCAAUAAAUUAUUUCCGCACGGCUUUCCGCAACGGGGAGAAAUUUACAAAUUCAACUUUAACCCCACUCGCGGCAAAGAAAUCCGGGAUAUUCAUCCGGGUUUGGUGGUUUCUAUUAACGAACAAAAUGAACACGGACACUACUUAAUUGUUGCUCCUAUUACUAGUACCUUAAAAAAGGUGCGGCUAUUCGAAGUGUUCAUUAAUGCUAACCAGCAAACUGGUUUAGACAAACCCAGCAAAAUUUUACUUAAUCAAAUUCGCAGUAUUGAUAAAAAGACUAGGAUAACUGAGUAUUUGGGCCAAGCCGAUACGGAAACUAUGCACCAAUUCAAAGAAAAACUGAAAAAUGGGGAUAUCAAAAUUG